AUGAGCUCUAAUCUUCCCUACAGUCCCUUGAAACCGGCCGAACUGCAAGUCCUCCGCUCGCAGUACGAGAAAGAAGGCGACUAUGUGGGCAUUCAGACCAAGUUCAACUACGCCUGGGGCCUCAUCAAAUCCAACGCUCGUACCGACCAGCAAGAAGGCGUGCGUCUUCUGUCCGAGAUCUUCCGGGCCGCCCCCGAACGUCGACGCGAGUGUCUCUACUAUCUGGCGCUAGGCAACUACAAACUCGGGAACUAUGGAGAAGCCCGACGCUACAACGACCUCCUACUCGAGAAGGAACCGGCCAACCUCCAAGCGGCGAGUCUGGGACAGUUGAUCGACGAGAAGGUGUCCAAGGAAGGACUGCUGGGAAUCGCCAUCGUCGGUGGACUGGCCCUGGCGGCUGGAGUGGUGGGCGAUCCCGAUGAAGUCCCCCCGGACGACUUCCCCGACCCUCCGACCUCUGUCCCCGUCGAACGUCUCCAUUCUCCGGCCAACCCGUGGGUUGACCCCGAUCCCUGGCCCCAUCUAGACGACAACUUCCAGCCGAUUCCCGAAGAAGAUGGCUUUCGACAUCGCUCAUAUCGUUCUCCCGACGGUCGCAUAUCGUUCUCCACCACCACCUUCACCCAUGGCGCUUCCCCGCAUCGCGCCCGUGGUCCGGCCACCGACCCGCUCCUGCCAAUGGUGCGAGGCCUGGAUACUAUCUUCAACGGUCUCGCGGAAACCUACCGACAUGCUGGACAAUACCAACAAAUGGGCGAGCGGGCCCGCGCUCGACGACCGAGCCAACAAGCCGAGGGCUCCGGGUCUCCGAGUGCUGCCUCGCCACAAGGUCCUCGAGUUUGGCAUGGUUCGUUUGGCUUUAGCCUGGGUGGGAAUGGAGGAGCACGAUCAGAGUACCAUUCCACAGGAGGAUUACACCCGCGGGAUGCCGAUGGUCCCCAGAUGAAUACACCCCUGCGGACGCUGGGCGACGUGCUGGAGCUUUUCAGAGCCGAUUUCGGCGGCGAUGGGGGCGAUCCGGUAGGAGGACCGCCCAGGGCUCCCAAUCCCCUGGCGAUGCUCUCAGCAUUGUUGAACCUGGAACGUCACGGGGACGCGGUAUACUCUCAGGAAGAGCUGGACCGCGUCAUCUCCGAGCUCGUGGGCCAGAACGUCAACGGAACGGCACCACCCCCGGCGUCGCGAUCGGCCAUCCAAUCUUUGCCGAAGAAGAAGGUCGAUCAGGAGAUGCUGGGCAACGACGGUCGAGCCGAGUGCUCGAUCUGCAUGGAUCCUGUCGAGUUAGGAACGGAGGUGACGGUACUCCCUUGCAAACACUGGUUCCAUUUCCAGUGUAUCGAGAUGUGGUUGAACCAGCAUAACACUUGCCCGCAUUGCCGCCGCGGCAUUGAUGCGCCGGCGCAGUAA